AUGGCUUUUAACUUUGACAGCGGACAAUUUAAUAAAGAAACGAUGCCAAAAAGACUUGGUAACUGGGAGGUUCCACGUUGGGCGCCAACUCGCCCACGUCCCGUUGAAAUGCGACCGAACCCAAAGCCAAUUUGUGACAUCAAUGGACGUUUCCUGCCAGGAGCCCCAAAGGGCACUUCUAAAUGCUUUGGACACUACACUGGAACAUGGGAUCUACCGAGAAAAAUAAACAGAAAAGUCGCGGAGGAAUUAGCACGGGAACCGCCAGACAACCGUUUUUCAGAAUGGUUGCAUCCACGCAUUCAGAGACCCAAGGUAACCGGAGAGAGCUCAGCGCGCAUGCGUCGGGGAAAACAUUCCAGUAAAGAAGACAUGGAAAAGACACCUAGUCUCCAAACAUUCAAACCUUUGCAGUGUCCGUAUCACAAGAGUAUUCAAAAUCAAUAA